ACGUAAUCACUACUGACAAGCAAUUUUUGUUGAUAUAAUUUUGUGCUGAUUUUGUGAUUGUGUUACUUGUGUUAGCUCGUUCAUCCUUAAUUUGCUUUGCAUUAAUUUAACUAACUUCCUCUAUUUCAUUUCAAAACAGCUUACUUUUGUGAUACGCAAUGGGUUGUGAUGGAGGUACAAUUCCACGUAGAGAUGAACUUGUACGUCUGAAAAAGAAACCAGAACAGAAAGACAAAGAUGCUGAGCGCUCAUUCAAGUGGCGCAACUGUGCGUUGUCACAGCAGCCCCUGCAGGAGCCGGUGGUAGCGUGUGGGCUCGGCCGGCUGUACAGCAAGAGUUCUGUGCUCGAAGCACUGCUUGACAAGGAGAGUAAACCUGACUCUAUCAGUCACAUAAAGAAUCUGAAGGAUAUCAAAGACCUGAACCUGGCAAAGAACCCAGCAUACAUCAAGACGGAGCACACUGAUGGCUCAGUAGGGGAAGGCAGUGCACCCUAUAUUUGUCCCAUCAGCGGGCUGGAGAUGGCGGGCAAGUUCCGCUUCGUGUUUCUCUGGAGCUGUGGCUGCGUGCUUGCGGAGAGAGCCUUCAAGGAAGUCAGGCAGAACCUGUGCCAUAUGUGUCAACAACCAUUCACAGAUAACGAUGUAAUUGUACUCAAUGGUAACGACGAAGACAUUGAACAGCUUAAAGAAAAAAUGGCAGUCAGAGUUGCAAGCAGAAAAACCAAGAAAUCUAAAGUAGAUAAAACACAAAAGGAAACUAAAAUCGAGACAGUCACAGAAACCCCUUCAACAUCUAGUGAGGUUAAGAUAGAAAAAGAUGAGAUAAAACAAGAAAAAGAAGAGAUUGAUGGAAAGAGUGAAAUAAAGCAAGAAAAUGAUACAGCUAAUGUCAAAAAAGGGGAAGAAAUCGACACGAUACCAUUGGCUAUACCAAAGUUUAAUCCCAAUAAACAAACAAGGGGCCACUUUGGCUCAUCAAAACGGGCGCAUUCAACACAGUUAGCGCAAGACCCAUCGUACAAGAAGACUAAAAAGGAAUACAGUAUAGCGAAGGACCCUCAAAGCACUGAGGUGUACAAAUCAAUAUUUACUUCACAUAAGAAUGAGAAAGAGCAACAGAGAGCACACUGGGUUACUUAUAAUCCGUUUUAUAAUUAAUAAGUGUACAAUGAACAAAAAUUUACGGUGCGACUAUGCAUUCAUUCAUUCCCAUAGACCACUUUCACACAGUAAUAUUAACAUCCUACGUUGAUCGCUAUUAAGAUAAAUAUAUUAAUAUUAUGUUUAUCUUGUUCAUUCAUAUGGAAUUAUGUACAUUGAUUGUAAGUUUCUUGAGCGAGAAAAUAGUUGGUAGCUACUAGCUAGUCGCUUCCACAUUGGCGGUAGGACAAGUGCCUAGUAAAAUGUUUCUAGCUAAAUUAUUAUAAACAAUAAAAGAUUUUUGUUUCAA